ACAGAAGGAGUGGAAGCAGAAGUUGUCCCAAAAUUGAAUGAGAGUUUGGGAUUGUCUUGUGCAUCCAAUAGCGGAGACAAUCUCGUAGAAGAUGCAGAUAUGGGGUCCAGUCUUACAUCCACUAGAUCUAGUUGUCCAAACAAUUUCGAAAAUUAUGAUGGUACAGAGAUUUUGAAGGCAGAAGUGGCCGUAGUGGAGGUAGUCCAUGAGAUCAGUAAGGUAAAGGUGGACGCAACAGAGCUAGAUGAUCUAGCAGGUCAAGAGGCAUUAAAUGGAUCAGCUGAUUCUGGUGUGGCUUCGAGUUUCUACACCUAUGAAGACUUUGCAGGUCAAAAAGAAGCUGAUGUAUCGAUAUGUCCAACAAAGCUGGAUACACAGCUGACUGCAGAAAUGUGUCAGAUUCCAGUUCAGAGUCCAAAUGACACAAAAAUGCAUCCAGACUCAAAUGGCUCAGAACAACAUUUGAAUCCAGUUGAGGCUGUGGCACUGGUGGGUGACAAGGACAUGGAAAGACAAGAAAAAAUGAGAGAAGAAGAAACAGAGGGUCCUUUAGUUGUCCCAAGAUUGGAUGUAAGUCCAUCAUUGUCCAAUGUGUCCCCCACUGAAACAAACGCAUCAAGGGAAGAUACAAGGUCAGACAUUGCAAAAGCUUCAUCUGGUAGCACAGACAGCACUGAUGUUCUAAGGACAGAAGAAACCAAAGUGACGGUAGUCAGUGGUUUCCAUACCAACAUGGUGAAGGUUGACCCUACUGAGUUGGUUAAAAGGUUGGCUGGUCUAGUAAUUCAAGAGGCAUCAAAAAUAUCUAAGAGUCUAACAGAUUCUGGGUUGGCUCUGAGUUCUUCUGGUCCUGAAGAAUUUCUGAGUACAAAAGAAGCUAAGAGCCCAUCUGAGUGUCCAGAUGACCCAGAAAUGUAUCUUCACUCAGACACAUAUUUACAUCCAACUGAAGAUGAAGCCGCUGAAACGUUGGCUGACACGUACAUAGAAAGACAAGAACAAAAGGAAGAAGAAGAUAUAUCAGAAAGUACUUUGACUUUCCCAAUAAUAGAUCCAUGUUCACUAUUGUCCGACGAGUCACACCUUGAACUAAACAAAUCAAUGGAAGACACAGAUGCAGUGUCUGGAACUGCUUUAUCUAGUUGCACAGAUAGCACCGAUAACCAUGAGGGUCCAAAUGACCCAGAAAUGUGUCUCAGCCCAAAUGAUUCAGACACCUGUUUGAGUCCUGUCGAGCUUAAGUUGUGCCCGAGUCCAAAUUGUGAAGAAGAUGAAGAAGCAUGCCUGAGUCUAACUGAGGCAAACACACAUGUGAGACCAGUUGAGAAAUAUAUUCUGUCAACAAGAGAGACAGGCCAGUGGUCAACACCUAGCAGAGAUCAAGCUUCGCCAGAUAUGGCCAAGCCUGGUGAGUACACAAAAGUAAUUAUUUCAGAAAGUCAAAGACACGGUUUGGGUUUAAAACUAUUUGAAAGUAGUGAAGGUACCAGUGUUCAGGUAAGCAGCAGACAUGGAGGCUUGAGGUGUGGGGAUCCAAGUCGUCAGAGUAUCAUAGCAGACAAAGAGGAACAGCUCGGCUUUGAAAGCUUGUAUUGGAAAAGGGACAAAGACAGAGGUAGCAUUCCAGAUGACAAUAAGCAACAAAGGCUCGAUUUUGAUAAUGAUGUGAGAAAACAGACAAACUGUGAUAGGCAAGUUGUCAAUAAGUCAGGUAGCAGUGAAAAAGAGUUUAACAAUUCAGCGAGCUUUGCAUCAUCUAACAGAGGAACUACCUUUAGAAGUCACACUAGUAAUAGUGACAUUGGUAUAAUUAGUGGUAAUGAACACAGUGCUACAGCAGAUGUACAGGGCAGAUUCAGGCGUGGCAGUGGAGAGUGGAUGGUUUAUGGGGGAAGUCUGGGACGUACAAGUACCAACUUAACCAACCCAAGAAGUGAAGAAUCCCUGUCAACAGAUACACUCCCUGCAUCAAGCCACCCAAAUACAGGAAGGUUUGGCAGUAGAGGAAGUGGGGAGUGGGUACUUUACGGUGGCAACCUGAGACGUAAGAGCAGCCUGGAUGGUGGCACCAGUUUAUCCAGCAAGGGGAAUGAAGAAAGCCCACCAGAAGGAGGGAGAUUCAGCAGGAGAGGGAGUGGAGAGUGGCUGGUUUAUGGAGUUAGUCUUGGAAGUAAGAACAAUCUGACUAGCAGUGACGGUUUACCCAACAGAGAAAGCAAAGAAUACCAGCCAACAGCUGUGAACCUACCAACAAGCCCACCCACAUCAGGAAGGUUCAGCAGUGGAGGGAGUGGGGAGUGGAAAGCUUAUGGCUGGAGUACUGGACGUUCAAGUAGUGCCGGUAGUGGUGGCAGUCUUAGCUCUGGUAGUGUUGUUAGGCGCAGUAGCAGUGUUGGAAGUGGUGGUAGGUUAAGCAGUUCAGGUAGCGGCAGGAGGCUCAGCGGUUCACACGGGAGCCACAGGAUUAGCAGCUCUGGGAGAGUCUCUAGCACUGGCAGUGGUGAAUGGAAGCCCGUUUACAGCUCAGCUAGUGGAAGCAAGAUCAGUGUGGGGAGUGCAGCGCGACCGAGUGGAGGGAGGACAACUAGCAGCCAACGAACUCCGAGCCCUGGCGGUAGGAUAGGUGUCAGUGGGGGUAGCGGUGGAUGGCUGAGCUGUUCAGCAGCAGGUGGAAAGCGAAUAAGCAGCACUGGGAGCGGUUCUAGACAUAGCAGCACAAGUAGCAAUGAGAGAAUCAGCAGCAGAAGUGGAGAAAGGAUCAGCAGCUCCUCAGGGUCAGGCCGGACCAAUAGCACGGGGGGGAGGGUCAUCAGCAGCAGCGACCGGACAAUCGGUAGCACUGGCAGUGGAGCAGGGAGCAAGAAGGAGAGAAUCAGCAUCUGCAAGAUGGCAGCGCUGUCGAUCUCAGCAGCAGGGAGGGAGAGAAGUCAGGAGCGCCGAAAACAAGCUCAGAGAUCCCAACACCAACAAGCUGCUGUUUCCUCACCUCUCGUGCAGCGCUGGUUGACCACAAGUGUUGGGGUCACGAGCGCCAACUCUCAAGGUCUUGAUGACAUCAUGCAUCUCUGAUUGGCUAAUUGAGCUUCAUCGUGCUUUAAAGGCUGCAUUCAAAAUCCCUUCUAAAUAGUACUAUGUUACAGUAAAAAAAACAAAGAUAUAUAUAUAUAUAUAAGGAAACUUAAAAACAUUGCAUUCUUGGAUGUAUUUUAUGACCCUCUGCCUAAUUCUAAAUUUAAAAUUUCAAACCUGGUUUAAAGAGUUGGUGUUCUUUAACAUUCAGCUCUGAAUGUUUUUGAUUCACCUUAUUUUUUCUCAUAUAUAAUAAUAAUAAAUAAUAAAUUUGUUAAUUUUAACCCAAAAAUAAAGCUGGCAAAUUCCCUGA